GUUCCCUACUUUGAUGACGUCCUGAUCGCUGCAAGCAGCCGCUCAGACCUCAUCAAAGUCUUAAGGAAUUUCCUCGACCGUUUUAGGGGCGUGGGCUUAAAAUUGAAGCGCAGCAAAUGUUCCUUUGCUGUGCCCCAAGUGGAAUUCCUGGGCUUCUUGAUAGACGCCAAGGGAAUCCACCCCACCCCUUCUAAGAUUGCCGCCAUAAGGAACGCACCCCCCCCCAACCUCAAAGGCGCAGCUUCAAGCGUUCCUCGGCCUUUUAAAUUUUUACGCGCCAUUCAUUCCUCACAAGGCGUCACUAGCUGAGCUGCUGCAUCGGUUGCUCGACCGAUCUGCAGCCUGGUGCUGGGGCAGCCGCAAAACGCAUGCGUUUGCGGCUGUCAAAUCCCUGCUGACGUCAGAGGCAGUCUUAGUACAAUACUGACUUUGCUGCCCCUGACUUUGGCCUGUGACGCCUCCCCCGUGGGUUUGGGGGCAGUUCUGAGCCACGUCCUUCCCAACGGCUCAGAAGCCCCCAUAGCUUUUUACUCCCGGACACUUUCCUCCGCCGAGAGGAACUACAGCCAGAUUGACAAGGAGGCUCUGGCUGCGGUGUCCGGGGUUAAAAAGUUCCACGACUAUCUCUAUGGUUGGCACUUUACACUCUACACCAACCACAAGCCUCUCCUUGGGCUUCUGGCUGGUGAUAGGCCGACCCCCCCAUCCUAUCCCCUAGGAUGACCUGCUGGACGGAGUUCCUGGCUGCGUACUCCUAUGCCCUAUGCUACCAUCCGGGCAAGCACUUAGGGCAUACGGAUGCCCUUAAUCGCUGCCCCCUCCCUUGCGAGGACCCCCAGUCGGUUCCAUGCCCCUCAGUCCUCUCCAUUGCCGAGCUGGACUUGCCCCUAACCUGCACUGAUGUGGCCUCCCACUCUCGAGCUGACCCUGUCUUGUCCAAAGUCAUGGCAUGGGUCCUGAGAGGGUGGCCUACAGAGGCUCUACACCCAGACUGCCGGGCCUUCAGCUGGAACUCUCCCUCCACUCAGGCUGCCUCCUCUGGGGUGACCGCGUGGUCAUCCCAUCGGUCCUACGCAAACAAGUCCUGCAGCAGCUCCAUGCCGAUCACCCCGGGGUCGCGCGCAUGAAGGCGCUGGCCCGCAGUUACGUCUGGUGGCCCAGCUUAGACUCCGAGAUCGAGGCCUGGGUCACCCGCUGCAUUACCUGCCAGGAAUCUCGCCCAUCUCCCCCCUCCUCCCCCUCCCGGGAGUGGGAGAUGCCACGCGGGCCCUGGUCCCGCAUCCACAUAGACUUUGCGGGCCCCUUCCACGGCCAGGUAUUCUUGGUGGCUGUAGAUGCAUACUCUCGCUGGGUGGAGCUGAUCUUAAUGCACUCCACCACAGCCGAGAGCACGGUGCGGGCCCUGCGAUGGUUGUUUGCUACCCAUGGGUUGCCGGACACAGUUGUGUCUGACAACGGCCCGCAAUUCACAUCUACGGCCUUCCAAACAUUCCUGGCCGCCCAAGGGAUCCGCCAUGUGCCAGUCGCCCCUUACCAUCCGGCCAGCAAUGGCCGGGCGGAAAGGGCGGUCCGAUCGGCCAAGGAGGCUUUGGGCCGCAUGAACCGAGGCGACUGGCAGGCAAGGGUGGAUGCGUACUUAAUGGCACAGCACUCCACACCUUGCCCCCUAACCCACAAAGCCCCGCGGAACUGCUGAUGGGCCGGCGCCUGCGGACCACCCUGGAUAGACUACAUCCCGUCUAUUCAGGAAUUCAGCCUGGCAACCU